AUAUCGGCCUCUAUGGUUUCCAAAUUCCAAGUCUCCUGCCAUAACCAAAUAGCCCCCGAUUGGCCAAUCAUUUAGUGAUCGUCUAUGUUGGUUGACUUGACUCGGUACAAGGUAAGCUGGAAACACAUGAACAGUAGUGCAAGGUAGGAGCACGAAACACCCAGCCUCGCGGUUGCGGUCUCCGGCGAGUCUAGUAUUCGGGAGUCUAGUUUUGGGGUGAAUUCAAUUGAGGUUGCUACAGUUUAAUUUGUUUAUUUUAUCAAUUGACGUGUUCAUGCAAUCCACAAUUGAUAAAACAAACAAUUGACAUGUAGGGAUUGCAUGAACACGCCAUUGCCGGCUUCCGCCAUCACCAGACACCAGCUUGCAGCCUGGCACUCGCACGCACACCUUUCUUCUUCUACAUGGAGAGAUUACAUACGAGCCGUAACCACGUCUAUGGCUUCAUCAUCAUCCUCCUCCUCCUCGUACAAGCUACGGCCGCGGCCACCUCGCGGUGCCCGGCGCAACAGGCCGCCGCGCUGCUCCGGCUCAAACGAUCCUUCCACCACCACCACCAGCCGCUCCUCCUGCCGUCGUGGCGCGCCGCCACGGACUGCUGCCUCUGGGAGGGCGUGUCGUGCGACGCGGCCUCCGGCGUCGUCGUCACCGCGCUCGACCUCGGUGGCCACGGGGUACAUAGCCCCGGCGGCCUGGACGGCGCCGCCCUCUUCCAGCUCACGUCGCUCCGGCGGCUCAGCCUCGCGGGGAACGACUUCGGCGGCGCGGGGCUCCCGGCGUCCGGGCUCGAGGGGCUCGCCGAGCUCACCCACCUCAACCUCUCCAACGCCGGCUUCGCCGGCCAGAUACCCAUCGGCGUCGGCAGCCUGAGGGAGCUCGUGUCCCUCGACCUCUCCUCCAUGCCACUCUCCUUCAAGCAACCGAGCUUCAGAGCUGUAAUGGCCAACCUGACGAAGCUGAGGGAGCUCCGGCUGGACGGGGUGGACAUGUCGGCGGCGGCGGCGGCGGCGGCCGGAGACUGGUGCGACGUGCUCGCGGAAUCCGCCCCCAAGCUCCAGCUCCUCACCUUGCAGUCCUGCAAGCUCUCCGGCGCCAUACGCUCCUCCUUCUCGCGCCUCGGGUCCCUCGCCGUCAUCGACCUGUCAUACAACCAGGGCUUCUCCGACGCGUCCGGCGAGCCCUUCGCCUUGUCGGGUGAGAUCCCCGGCUUCUUCGCCGAGCUCAGCUCACUGGCGAUUCUCAACCUCUCCAACAAUGGCUUCAACGGCUCGUUUCCUCAAGGAGUGUUCCACCUGGAGAGGCUCAGGGUGCUAGACGUGUCGUCGAACACCAACCUCUCCGGCAGCUUGCCGGAGUUCCCGGCCGCCGGGGAAGCCUCCCUGGAGGUGCUGGACCUGAGCGAGACCAAUUUUUCCGGCCAAAUUCCGGGCUCCAUCGGAAACCUGAAGCGUCUGAAGAUGCUGGACAUCAGUGGCAGCAACGGCCGCUUCUCUGGUGCUCUUCCUGAUUCGAUCAGUGAGCUUACAUCCUUGAGCUUCUUGGACCUGAGCAGCAGCGGGUUCCAACUCGGGGAAUUGCCUGCUUCCAUCGGCAGGAUGCGGUCACUGUCCACGCUUCGGCUGAGUGAGUGUGCCAUCUCCGGCGAGAUACCGUCGUCCGUUGGGAAUCUCACACGCUUGAGAGAGUUGGAUCUCUCACAGAACAAUCUCACAGGGCCAAUAACCUCCAUCAACAGGAAAGGGGCAUUCCUGAACCUAGAGAUAUUGCAGCUAUGUUGUAACUCCCUGUCAGGGCCAGUUCCAGCCUUCUUAUUCUCACUUCCACGAUUGGAGUUCAUAUCGCUCAUGUCAAACAAUCUAGCAGGUCCCCUCCAAGAAUUCGACAAUCCUUCUCCGUCCCUAACAUCUGUUUACCUGAAUUACAACCAGUUGAAUGGAUCAAUACCCAGGUCUUUCUUUCAGCUCAUGGGCUUACAGACACUAGAUCUCUCUAGGAACGGCUUGAGUGGGGAAGUACAACUUAGUUACAUUUGGAGACUCACAAAUCUAAGUAACCUAUGCCUGUCAGCAAACAGACUGACAGUGAUAGCUGAUGAUGAACACAUCUACAACAGCUCUUCCUCUGCAUCACUCCUUCAACUUAACUCCCUGGGGUUAGCAUGCUGCAACAUGACCAAGAUCCCUGCCAUACUAAGGUCAGUUGUGGUGAAUGACCUUGAUCUCUCGUGCAACCAACUUGAUGGGCCUAUACCCGAUUGGAUAUGGGCAAAUCAGAACGAGAACAUAGAUGUCUUCAAGUUCAAUCUUUCGCGCAAUAGAUUUACUAACAUGGAGCUCCCUCUGGCUAAUGCCAGCGUAUACUAUCUUGAUCUUAGUUUCAACUAUCUUCAAGGGCCUCUACCUGUCCCCUCAUCUCCACAGUUCUUGGAUUACUCCAACAACCUAUUCUCAUCAAUCCCGGAGAACUUGAUGUCAAGGUUGAGCAGUUCUUUCUUUCUGAACUUGGCCAACAAUUCACUGCAGGGGGGCAUCCCACCUAUCAUUUGCAAUGCAAGUGACCUCAAAUUCCUUGACCUGUCUUACAACCAUUUCAGUGGUCGUGUUCCACCUUGUCUACUAGAUGGACAUCUGACCAUAUUGAAGCUGAGACAAAACAAAUUUGAGGGGACCUUGCCUGAUGACACCAAAGGAGGAUGUGUUUCUCAGACAAUAGACCUGAAUGGAAAUCAAUUGGGGGGGAAGCUACCUAGAUCACUCACUAACUGCAAUGACCUAGAAAUCCUUGAUGUGGGCAACAACAAUUUCGUGGACUCCUUCCCAAGCUGGACAGGGGAGCUACCAAAGCUUAGGGUUCUUGUUCUACGAUCCAACAAAUUCUUCGGCGCAGUGGGGGGAAUUCCUGUCGACAACGGUGAUCGAAACAGAACACAAUUCUCUAGUUUGCAGAUCAUCGAUCUUGCCUCAAACAACUUCUCUGGCAGUUUGCAGCCGCAAUGGUUCGAUAGCCUCAAAGCAAUGAUGGUUACAAGAGAGGGUGACGUGCGAAAGGCCCUGGAGAACAACCUCUCGGGGAAAUUCUACCGUGACACAGUCGUGGUCACGUACAAGGGCGCGGCCACGACAUUCAUCAGGGUCCUGAUCGCCUUCACGAUGAUCGACUUCUCCGACAACGCGUUCACCGGCAACAUUCCUGAAUCCAUUGGAAGGCUCACCUCGCUAAGAGGUCUCAACCUGUCGCAUAAUGCCUUCACCGGAACAAUCCCUUCUCAGCUCAGUGGAUUGGCGCAGCUUGAAUCGCUCGAUCUCUCUUUGAACCAGCUUAGUGGGGAGAUCCCAGAGGUGUUGGUGUCUUUAACUUCUGUCGGCUGGUUGAACUUGUCCUACAAUCGUUUGGAGGGUGCUAUUCCGCAGGGAGGUCAAUUUCAGACGUUUGGAAGUAGCUCAUUUGAAGGGAAUGCCGCCCUAUGCGGCAAACCGCUGUCUAUUCGGUGCAAUGGUUCGAAUGCAGGGCCCCCUUCGUUGGAGCACAGUGAGAGCUGGGAGGCCCGGACAGAGACCAUUGUACUGUAUAUUUCCGUUGGAUCAGGGUUCGGUUUGGGAUUUGCAAUGGCCUUCUUGUUCCAAGUGUUCCGCGGAAAGUGAAAAAUGAAGCUUGGUGGUCAAUAAUAAAUAGAGGGAAACAACAAUAUGACAUGCCUUACCUUUUAGUAUACACCCAUGAUAAGUAAUGUACAUAUAAGCCUAUUCUUUCUAUAUUUUUAAAGAACUGUCGAGAUAAACUUGCUACACUUCCGUUUUAACUGAGUUACUCUAAAUAGUUAGACUACCAUGAAUAAAAGUUCUAAUUUUAUGGUUGAUGCAA